GGCUCCGGGAGCCACAGAGCCCGCUCAGCCAGCGCUCCCGCCAGCCUUCCCGCCGCAGACACAGACCCUCCGAGCUGACACCCAUGGCCCGAGCCGCGACCGCCGCCGCCCCCCGGCUCCUCCGCGCCGCGAUGCUGCUCCUGCUCCUGGUGGCCUCCGGCCGGCGCGCAGCAGGGGCGCCCGUGGUCAACGAACUGCGCUGCCAUUGUCUGCAGACCUUGCAGGGGAUUCACCUCAAGAACAUCCAGAGCGUGAAGGUGACGCCCCCGGGCCCCCACUGCGGCCAAACCGAAGUCAUAGCCACUCUCAAGAAUGGUCAGGAAGCUUGUCUCAACCCUGAAGCUCCCAUGGUUAAGAAAAUCAUCAAUAAGAUGCUGAACAAGGGCAGCACCAACUGACCUAGAAGGAAGUAAGAAGUUCAUUCGUGACAGUUCCUGAAAAGUGAUCUCUGCUCUUAUAGGAACUGAAAAUGAAGAAGAGAACGGCUGGUUUCCAGGGACAACUGGAAAGGACUUGAUGUGCUGGACUAUUUUAUAUGAGUUCUAUUUAUUUAUAUAUGUAUUUAUUUUUCAAAGCUAGUAUUUUAGUCUUUUACAUGUUAGUGUUUAAAGAUGUGAUUAUGUUAAAUCAAACAUAACCCAGUCCUGAUUGUUAUUUAAUAUGAAGAUGAUGAGUUUUCAAUGUUUUAUUCAACUGGUAUUUAUUGGAAGACCAUAAAGUGCCAGGCACUAUGAGAGAGGUGGAGGUGGUGAGUGGGAGAGGGGAGUUCAUACAAUUAGACAGUGAAAUCACUAUUAGAAUCAGGGAAAGUAUGUGCAUUUCUAUUUCUGUACUUUUUUAAAAGAAUGUCAGUUGUUAUUUAUUGAAAUGAUUUCAUAUUAUGUGGUCAACAUUUUUAUGUUGAAAUUUCCCUUGGACAUUUUAUGUCUUGCUUGUAAGGCAUAAUGCCUUGUUUAAUGUUUACUAUGUGGUGUUUCUCUUUGUUUUGGAACAAAGAAGUUAAAACUACUGUUACAUUUUUUAAAUGGCAUGAAAAUAAAAGUUCUGCAAAAAAAAUA